CUCGCCCGCCCGCCCGCCUGCCCACCUGCCUGGCCAGGCCCGCUGCGCCGCGUGGAGCUGCCGCGGGUUUCCACCGUGUUCUCAUCAGGCACUGCAAUGGGCCCUUCCCAGCUCGGCCUCAAGAUGCUGGUAUAGCAGCAGGCGGCCGCGAUCCGGAGGACCUGCGGUGGGACAUCGUUUCCUGCUGGGGCAUCCUUCAUCCCCUCUCUCUCGGCAGAAGCGAUGGAUGCUCAUGUGGACCUCCUGACAGAGCUGCAGCUGCUGGAUAAGGUGCCCACACUGGAGAGGCUGCGGGCAGCCCAGAAGCGGAGGGCUCAGCAGCUGAAGAAAUGGGCGCAGUAUGAGAAGGAGAUGCAGCACAAGAAGCGGAAGCAUGAAAAGAAGAGAAAUGCUGUUAACCGAAAGAAAGUGUCUUUUGAAGCCAGCGUUGCCCUGCUGGAGGCUUCUCUGAGGAACGACUUGGAGGAAGUGUGUUACUUGCUGAAGAGCAAUGUCAGCCCAGACCUGUGCAAUGAAGAUGGAUUAACUGCACUGCAUCAGUGCUGCAUAGACAACUAUGAAGAGAUAGUCAAGCUUCUCCUCAACCAUGGGGCCAAUGUCAAUGCGAAGGACAAUGAGCUGUGGACUCCGUUGCAUGCAGCAGCUACAUGUGGUCAUAUCAACCUGGUGAAGAUCCUCAUCCAGCAUGGAGCAGACUUGUUGGCAGUAAAUGCAGAUGGCAACAUGCCGUAUGACCUCUGUGAAGAUGAGCCAACUCUGGAUGUCAUUGAGACUUGCAUGGCCUAUCAAGGGAUUACACAGGAAAGAAUCAAUGAGAUGCGGGCUGCUCCGGAGCAGGUCAUGAUCUGUGACAUUCAUGACAUACUUGCGACUGGACAAGACCUGAACAGGACUGAUGCCCAAGGUGCUACGCUGCUACAUAUAGCUGCAGCCAAUGGUUAUCUGCAUGCAGCUGAAGUCCUUCUUGACCAGGGGGCAAGCCUGGAUGUUAAGGACUGGGAUGGCUGGGAACCUCUUCAUGCUGCUGCUUUCUGGGGACAGAUGCAGAUGGCCGAGUUGCUUGUGUCCCACGGGGCUAGUUUGAGUGCUAGGACAUCUUUGGAUGAGAUGCCAAUAGAUCUGUGUGAAGAGGAGGAAUUCAAAGUAUUGCUUCUGGAGUUGAAACACAAACACGAUGUGAUCAUGAAGUCUCAGAUGAGGCAUAAAUCCUCCCUAAGUCGAAGGACCUCCAGCACUGGCAGCCGGGGGAAGGUGGUGAGGAGGGCCAGCCUUUCGGACCGAACAAACCUUUACAGGAAGGAGUGCGAGAAAGAGGCCAUUGUCUGGCAGCAACUGGGGGCAGCAGAAGAAGGAAGAAAUUCGGGUCUCAUUGGAGAAAUUGGGGAGACUCGGUCUGACCAGGAGAAUACAGACCCCAAUUCAGUGCUGGAGAACUCUUCCCUCCUUCCGGAGUUAGCAAACAAAAGCACCCAGUGUGACUCUGAAAUCCCCCUCCAGAAUGGACUCAUGGCAUCUGCCAGCACUUACCAGUACACCUUUUCCAACGGGGACAUUUGGAGUAUGCACACUGACCCUGACAGUAACCCAGGCCUCAUGUUGCCCUAUGGCAACCCUGGACUCCCUGACACACAGCAGUUCUGGGGUACCUACAAGGAGCACAACCAUCAAACACUCUCCGAACUUAAGCGGCAGCGAGCUGCAGCCAAACUCCUCAGUCACCCUUUCCUCAGCACCCACUUCGGCAGUGGCGUGGGAGGAGUUGCUGAGAAUGGGGGUGAGGCCAAGUCGCAUCUAAUUGGAUCCAGGACUUCUCCCUACAGCUCCAAUGGGACCUCAGUGUAUUACACAGUGUCCAGUGGUGAUCCACCCCUCUUGAAAUUCAAAGCUCCCAUGGAGGAAAUGGAAGAGAAGGUGCAUGGGUGCUGCAGAAUUUCCUAGUCUCAUCUGUUUCUCACCCCAGAGGAAAAAAGUCGUGGGUGGGCUGGUUGGAUCUAUUGCAGCGGCCAGGUUGUUUGCAUUCCAAAGGGAGAGUUUGGUUAUGGACAUCCUGACUGUGGUGGCCUCGUUCAUCUCGAAUUGUACUUUACCCUGCCAAUUGCUUCCAUUGCAGUUGAAUGAGUAAUACAGGUGGAGCAAAGCUCUUAGGAGAGGAAGGGGUGUGCAUUAAUAUGAUGUAAAAAGAGUCACCCUAGUCUUGCUCCCUGGGGAAGAAGGAAUGGUGCACUGCCUCCCUGUCCUUGGGGAGUCAUGAGAUGCCUUGGAACAAAGAAAGGAUGUGAAUUAAAAUCUUUGCAUCUGAGCCUCUUGCUGUAAGUCACCAAGCUUCUGGAAGGUGACAGUUCAGACCUGAAUUUUCACUCUUGAGUGAUGCAUAUAUCCUGGAGGGGAGAUCAACCCCACACAGGGUUUGCAAGAGUGGACAGAGCUGUUUUCCGUACAGCUGGAUCCAGCAUUUACAGGGCCUGAGCAACAAGCAAGCAUAGAUGCUGCACUUGCUUUAGGAAGUUUGCAAGGUGUUAUCUCCUUGCAGUGACAGCUCACCAUCAAAAACUGUCCACUGGUUGGGUCCUAUUCUGCUCAUGUAAACUCAUCACUGCAGACUGCCAUUAGGUUUGAAGCAGAACUUUUCCUGGAACAGGCUUCACUCAAUAGGCUUUAAAACUGAUGUUGCAAUAAGGGGCCCUGGCAAUAGGACUUUACUGCAAUAAAAUACUGACAAAGGUCUAUAUUGGGAUAAGUAAUUUAAAAAACUUAUUUGUACUAUUUAGACUCUUAAUUUGUUAAAACUGAAAAGACUUUUGCUGAUCUCACUUUCCUAUUGAUUCUGUUUGUUUACUCUGUACGCUCAACACAGAUACUAUGGGCAGUAUGCUUUGCAUUCUGAUUUUUUCUGGAUUUCCAGAACCACAGGGCUCGGGAGGGCUGAGGAGGAAAGGCUUGCUAACACUAAUCUAGAAAUGCCAUGAAAGUGUUUCUAAUCUCCCUAGAUGUUACAACGCUUGUGUUAACCUGAAGUUUUUGGCUGAUAAAUAACUGUUAAAUCAUUGCUUUUGUAGUUGAACAUUGCAGCAGGGCGGGAGAUUUUCUUUGUCUGUUUUCCAGCUCCCAUGCUGAAAUCAUCAGCAGUGGUUAGUAGCUGUCAGAAGAAGACUUAAAUGCCUCUAUGUAUAAGGGAGUCACCUAGUGCCAUGCAGUACUUAGCAAAGCCUCUCUGCUGUAGAGUGGCUGGCACACCACCACCAGUGUUUUAGUGUAGUUCAUGUUAGCUCUGACAGACUACCUGAGAAACACUAGCACGGUAUAACCUGGGGGUUUGGCACUGGCUUUUUAGCAAGUUAAGGCUUUGCAUACCUGGGGGAGGUGAAAGGUGCGUGCCCCAUGGGGGAGAGCUCUGAGGAACUGGCCACAGUUGAGUUAACAAGUUUUAUCUACAGAAGUAACUGUAAAUCUUCAACCCUUUUUCUGCACAGAGGGGCUAUUGCAAACAUAACUAUUUGCCUGCAGGAAUAUGUGUCUUCUUGGGCAGUUUAAAUUCCAAACUCUGAAAACAUAAGCCUGUUUGGGUCUCCGUAAGUCAUCAUUGGAUUAAAUCCAGCUCACGUCGUUGUGCUUCAGCCAAGCAACAGUAAAUGCAGCUUCCAUCCCUCUUCCUUUUAGCUGGCGGCUGUUAGACAUCAAUGUUACACUUCACAUGUAUGCUCCCCCUGUGGGAAUCCUGACAGCCUUUCCUUUUUUCUAGGCUAUAAAAAGUUGACUGAGGCUGAAACUCACUGUUAAGUGCUACCCUCUGCUCCCCAUCAAAUCUAGCUCAUUGCUGGGGCUGGAUGUAUUAUGAUACAGGGCUCUGGGCUCCUCAUUCUCGGCUCCUCGAGGCAGCAGAGGUGGCUGUGUGUCACCACCACAACCACGCUGUGCAGGAAACACUUUUGGACCUGUGAGAUUAUUACCAGGCUGACAAUUUACUCUUUUGAACUCUGAAGGUACAAUUCUCUUCCCUCACCAGUUUUAGGAACAAAUGGUAGCAGUUGAUCUGAUUUUUUUUUUUAAAACCUCAGUUCAGUUAAAGGCAGGGGAUUUCUUCGUAUGUUUUGAAACAUUCAGAGAAGUUGAGCUUCCUCCAUUAUUGAAAUGCAUAUGCUAAAUAUAAGACUAGAAAAUACUUCUUGUGCUUGACUUAAGCUCAAGGGAUUUUAAAAGUCAUUCUGUAGUAGAAAGAAGAUGAUAUGGUAACCGGACAGACUUCACGGCAUCUGUGUGUGGGUAACAGUGGGUCUUCUGAUUACCUCGAGAAAAUUCUUCUGGGAUAACACCAAGUGUAGCCUGGGUAUUACUGAGCGGGGGGAGAUGCUCUUUCAGAUGCCUCUCUUCUCCCAUGGUAGUGAGGGUUGUCUCUCCACAUCCAUCCUAACAAAAGUUCUGGACUCAGUGUAACAAAUUUUGGUGCCACUAUCCACUAGGUUGUAAGUGGUGCAAAAUUCGGGCCCCGCUGAUGCCUUCCCUCCCAUGGAAGGAGUUGGGCCCUUUUCCUUCUCAGAGCAAUUUUGUGUUAUCAAGUGUAUUGAAUCCUACCUAACACCAAGCAAAUGAAAAGGAGACUGUUGAAUGCAAUAGUGUUAAGUAGUUGAGGGUUGCUUUCACUGAGAGUUGUUAAUACAUUAAAACUGUAGGAAGCCAGUCCAUUUUGGACUAACAGCUUUUAGUCCAUUGGUAUUUCACUGUGUUUAUAUGUGCAACUCCAGGAACUCAUCACUCUAGCUGUGAUGUUGAGCAAACCAAUAAUUGAUUUGCUAUCAGGCAAAAAAUAUUACAGAUUCUAGAUUACAAAACAUCCCCCUAAUUGGACUUCAUAUUGUAAUUGUAAAAUUGGCUGUAAUACAGCUCUUCUGGCUUUAUCACUGUAAGCUAACAUGCUCACUGUGGCAUCUGAUCAAAUGUAAUCAAUUCUUAUUCAGGCAAGAGAGUCAGUAAUCAAUAAAUCUUCCAGGCCAUGUUUCACAACCAUGCCAAGUAUUUAUCUACCACUGGCUUUGGGAUGAAGUAGCAUCAGAGUGGGACUUGCGAAGGCUAUUGAAGAGUGACCUAGAAUUGAUUCAUGCUCAUGCGUUGGUGACAUUUGGGAUAUAAUGGUCAGUGCCUGUGGCGCACUGGUGAAUAUACUCAGGGAAGGAGCUGGCAGUUCAUGCUGCAUGCAGAGCUGUUGGGUUUAGGUCUGGGAUGAGCAAUUCUGUAAAGUGGAUAUUUAACCUGCUUCUGGUAAACUGUUUUGUAGAGACAAACAGGCUUUUGGGGGAAUAACAAACACAUAGAUACUCUUACAUGUGCAUUGUAGGAGCCUACCUCUAGGAACAGGGCUUUUUAUUAUAAAAUUUAGCAGUGUUACAACAAUAGUGGUUUUCUAUAUCUAUGUGUUUUAAAGGCCAUCCCAGUGGAAGGCUCUGAGGUACAUAGCAGAAGGCACUUGGCUAUUUCAUUGGAUCUUAAAAUUGCGAAAAAGCUGUAGAAACUAGAAAUCAUGUUGUGACUGGCAUAUCUAGCACUUGGCUUACUAGAGGAAGAUUUGGGGGUUUUUAUGCUAUACUCUUGUGUUUUUAGGCUCAAUAAACAUCUAAGUACAGAUUCAAGGUCAGAUUAGAGUCCCACUUCUGUUAGCAGUAAGCCAAAGGUGGUAGUUAUUCAUACAGACUACGCAAAGAUUUGAGAACGUGGAUGUAUUGAUGGGUCUAUUGUAGGCAGAACUGCACAUGAGAAUAACCAUUCUGCUUGCAAAAUCUUCCUGUAUGCUGAAGUUGUACUGUUUCUAGCAAACUAAGUGGUUGAUGAGAGCAGCUUUACUUUCCAUGUAGACUUUUUUUUAGAUGGAAAAAAAGGUGUCUCUCAAAAUAGUGUCUCUGCUUUACUGAGCUCAACCAAGAAAGUCCCAGCACUGAAAUGUUAGAUAAGGGCUUAAGUACCAUUGCUGGG